GUCAAAACAAUAACCUCACAAAUACUGUAAUGUAUCGUUUUAGGUUUAUAUUUCGAAAAAUAGAAAUAAAAUACAUUAGAAAUGCAUCUAGUGCGGUCGAAGGAAACGUUUCAUGCACUAAUACCUCCACAGAGUUGGUUGACAAUCAACAAAAUGCUUUAACAAAAGCAGACACAUCAAAAAGGAUCGAUCUAACGGCGAUUUCUAAAAUAUUACGACCAGGGGCCGUAUCUUCUAUGUACGUGAACAAAUCGGAUAUCCUCCAGCAACUGUUAAAGCUUGGCGUGGAAUUGUAUAAAUUAGAAAAAGAUCCGGAAGGAAUGAAAUUCAUAUUAACGCUUAAAUUCGAAGACAUCAAAGAUACAAUUAUAUUCCUUAAAGAAUUGGGCGUAGAAACGCAGCAAAUAGGGUACAUCAUUACGAAGAAUCCUUUAUUACUAAAAGAAAGUCUGGACGACUUGAAAGUUAGAAUCAAUUACUUGCAGUAUAAGAAAUUCACCCCCGAAAUGAUCACCAGGAUAAUCGAAAACAACCCAGUUUGGUUAACACACAGCACGAAGGAAAUUGAUGAUAGAUUGGGAUUUUUCCAAAAGACAUUUUCAUUAACAGCAAACAACGUUAGGGCAUUGGCCACACAAUGUCCCAGACUCAUAACGUAUCAAAUGGAUAAAGUAAAAUUGAAUUUGUUCGUUCUAAAAGAAGAAAUGGGAUUUAACGAUGUCGAGAUUAAAAAGAUUUUGCUCAAUAAACCGAAUUUGUUUAAAAACAGUCAAGUGAGGCUGCUCAAGACGUUCGAAUACCUGCACAACACAAUGAAAAUACCGUUAGAGACGAUAGUUCGAGAACCUGAGGUUCUCAGUUGCAGAGAGAAAAGGCUAAAGGAGCGACAUUCGUUUUUGGCCAAACUAGGAAGAGACCAGUACGAUCCUAAACAACCGAAUUACGUGGCACUAACGACUUUAAUCAAAGAAGACGAUGUAGUUUUUAGCACAGAAGUAGCCAAGUCCUCUGUUCAGACAUUCAAUAAUUUCUUGAAGAGCAUCUAAGCUACUGAUAAUUUUAUAAUAAAAGUGUAAGUAUAGAA